GACCAUGAUCCAUGAUUAAAGAGGAAGAAAAUCACUUCCGUAGUCACUGCUGUGUAGCUUUUACUGUCAACAGAAUGCCUAAAUUAAAAGAUAAAAGGCGAGAAAAUUACAGUGUUGCUUCUGAGAUCGACCGUCUGGAGGAGCGGCGCGCGCGGUGCCAAGAUAACCUGGAUCAGGUGGAGUUUAGACACAGACGAGAGGCGCUGUCUGAAAAGGAAAGGCAGGACCUGGAGGAAGAAAUGACUAUUAUGAAUGAAAGAGUGAACAAAUUAGACCAGGAGCUGCAGGUGCUGAGGGGAGAGAAUCGGAGGAACAUGGUGCUGUCUGUGGCUUUGUUGGCUGUGAGCGCGCUUUUCUAUUAUGUCUUCAUCUACAGUGAAGACCAAUCAUGAUGUAAUCUGCUGUCAUCCAAACAUAGCUCACUGACACCCUCAGUCUAAUGGAUCUGGGACAGCGCACUAGAUCCAUUUGAAGGGUCUAGGAUAAUACAUCAUUUUGCCUCCAGGGGGCGUGUGUGGCUAACAUUUUAACUCACAAGUCAUGCAAGUUGGUCAGCACUCAGCAGUCACAAUGUACCAACUUUCAGGAUUAUAUUCUUAAAUUGCCAAAAUGAACUUUGACCUAUAUGCUGUUGCAAUGCAUGUUUUAAUGUCCUUCCAUACAUUGCUACAAUAUUUCGCUUUGACAAAUAUGACACAAAAAAUGUUAUAAUUUAAGGGAUAUUUAACUUUAAUGGUUGGAGGGUCCACCGCCUGCUUGUCUUCAUUGAGAUGUUAUGGCUUAGCCAGGAAUUUCCUCAGCAUGGCAACUUAAUCCAUCUUGCUUUUAUUCAUAGUUUUUAUUGAUCAAAAAUAUACAAAUUCUUAGUGUGAGUGUGCUUCUCUACAGAUUUGUUACUUAUUAUUGUGGUGUCAACUGCUUGUCUCCAUGGAGAUGAGUUUAAUCCAGUACUGUGAAACAUUUCGAGCAAAAUGAUAACAACCAGAAAUGUCAGUACAAACUUAGUAACAGCACAUUUGUUUUUCAAGAAUGUAUCUAAUUCCUUUUCAUCUUGGUAUUUGCAUUGUUUGUCAUUGUCACAUAAGUGGCAAUGUAAUGACAUUAAUUCAGUGUAAAUAAUUACUUAAUUAACAAGAUGAAGAUUUUAUUUUAUUUUAUUUUUUUAUUGCUCUGUUUUAUGCUUCAGACAUGUAUGCUAAUGCGAUGUGACCUAUAUGUGACCCAGUUUAUGUAAAGGCAUGGACCUAAUAAAAACACAUAGUUUUGUAAAAAAAAAA